GCAUAAAACCGCUCUGAGCUGCCGCAUCUGCUCGGCUGGUGCUUGUGUGAGAGCAGAGCGGAGGGAGCGCAUAGCAUAGCUGGGCUUUCCAGUUCCUGCAGGCAACGCCCAUGGUCCUGGACUGCGUCUUCACGGACAUCCACUUAGGGACAUCCACUCUCUCCACUUUCAGAAAAGUUUGGACAAAGUGAAUUGGGGUUGGGGUUGGGAGAUGGCAGCUGCUCCCUCUGCUUCCUCUGUGCCCCCUUUCAGGAGCCCCCACCUCCAACCCCCCUCCAUCCUUCCCACGCUGACACCCAGCUCCCAGACCCUCCUUUGCUUUCCUUGAUUCCCUGACCUCGGUGGGGUCAGCCAUGUCAGCUCUGCUCCCUGCUGGUUUUAUUCUCCUCCCUAUCCCUAUCUGCUGAACUGUUUCCAAGUCCUCACACUGCCGUUCUCCCGCCCUUUCUCUCCACCUCUACAACUUUCUCUCUUACUCCAUUUUAUCUAUCCAACUGCUUACUUGCACCCACACGGUCCCUCCACCCACCUUCCUAACCUUCUCUCCCCCAAAUCCUGACCAUGGAUUCUGAGCCUUCUUGGACUGCCACUCCCUCUCCUGGGGGCACCCUGUCUAUCCCCAACGCUACCACACCCUGGCUGGGCAGAGAUGAAGAGCUAGCCAAGGUGGAGAUUGGGAUCUUAGCUACCGUCCUGGUCCUGGCCACAGGGGGCAACCUGGCUGUACUGCUGACACUGGGCUUCCAGGGCCGCAAGCGUUCCCGCAUGCACCUGUUUGUGCUGCACUUGGCCCUGACUGAUCUGGGCGUGGCGCUUUUCCAGGUACUGCCUCAGCUGCUCUGGGAUAUCACCUACCGCUUCCAGGGCUCUGACACCCUUUGCCGGGCUGUCAAGUAUCUGCAGGUGCUCAGCAUGUUCGCUUCCACUUACAUGCUGCUGGCCAUGACGCUGGACCGAUACCUAGCUGUCUGUCACCCCCUUCGCAGCCUCCAGCAGCCCAGCCAGUCCACCUACCCUCUCAUUGCGGCUCCCUGGCUGCUGGCUGCCAUCCUCAGCCUUCCUCAGAUUUUCAUUUUUUCUCUGCGAGAGGUCAUCCAGGGCUCGGGGGUACUGGACUGCUGGGCAGAUUUCUACUUUUCUUGGGGGCCACGGGCCUACAUCACCUGGACCACUAUGGCCAUCUUUGUGCUCCCCGUGGUUGUGCUCACAGCCUGUUAUAGCCUCAUCUGCUGUGAGAUCUACAAGAACCUGAAAGUCAAGACACAGGCUGGCAGAGAGGAAAAAGGGGGCUGGAGGACUUGGGACAAGUCCUCGUCUCCUGCCCCUGCGGAUGCCACUAGAGGGCUGCCAUCCCGGGUCAGCAGCAUCAGCACCAUCUCCAGAGCAAAGAUCCGAACUGUGAAGAUGACCUUUGUCAUUGUGCUGGCCUACAUCGCUUGCUGGGCACCCUUCUUCAGUGUCCAGAUGUGGUCUGUGUGGGACGAGAACGCCCCCAAUGAAGAUUCUACCAAUGUGGCUUUCACCAUCUCAAUGCUUUUGGGCAACCUCAGCAGCUGCUGCAACCCCUGGAUCUACAUGGCCUUCAACAGCCACCUGCUGCCGCGUUCCCUGAGUCACCGCGUCUGCUGCAGGGGUUCGCAGCCCCGGGUGCACAGGCAAGUCUCGGACAGCAGCCUGGCUAGCCGCCGCACCACACUGCUCACCCACUCCAGCGGUCCGUCUACCCUCCGUCUCAGCCUUCACCUCAGCCUCCAGGCAAAGCCCAGGCCUGCAGAGUCACAGAAGGAUUUAGAGCAGGGAGAUGGAGAAGCCGCCGUGGAGACCAGCAUCUUUUAGAGAAGACUCCCUGGAACCUGGCUCUACACAUCUCAGCUAUUGGGAAUAAGGACUAAAUGGGUUGGUGAUGGUACUGAGUGGAACCUAGUUUGAGGCAGGGUAAAGAGGCCAGAAUGGCUGCCAUUACCCUAGGUGUCAUGACAGCCCCAAGUGUGAGUACUGGCUGUUCUCUCUCAAUUUAGAUGGCUGGAAACUAGGAGAAUCAAACUACCUGUUCCUUCUACAUUCAUAAGGGCACCCACAAGCAUGCCCAACUGGUAGAUAGAGUGUUCUAGAUCUAGGACAGGCCUAGAUGGUACUAUCAACUCAGAGGCUCGUCUCAUGACUUGGCUAACUGCCUCCAUUCUAAUCUGACUGGUACAUCUCAGUGCAACCAGGAGAGGAGAGAAGAGAUUAUUAGAAAGGGGAACAGGUGUGUGGGACUUCCAGCUGUGCUCACCUGUCUACAGAAAUGAGAUGGUCUAAUGGUGAUGUGGGACCUGGUACCCAAUGGUGAUGUGGGACCUGGUACCUGAUGGUGAUAUGGGACCUGGUACCCAAUGGUGAUGUGAGACCUGGUACCCAAGGGUGAUGUGGGACCUGGUACCCAAUGGUGAUGUGAGACCUGGUACCCAAUGGUGAUGUGAGACCUGGUACCCGAUGGUGAUGUGAGACCUGGUACCCAAUGGUGAUGUGAGACCUGGUACCCGAUGGUGAUGUGAGACCUGGUACCCGAUGGUGAUGUGGGACCUGGUACCCGAUGAUGAUGUGGGACAUGAUACCAAGUAGGAACAUAGUAAAUGCUCCAAGUAGGAACAUAGUAAAUGCUCUUCUCCCACAUCAUUCCUGCCACCAGAUGGGUGGCAUUGGGAUGCACCACGUGUUCUCAGUGGUAUGGUCCACUGGGGCUAGAUACAGAGAAAGAGGAGAGGGAGGAAGGAAUGAAAAAAGCCACAAUAAAAUCAGGGGAAGGAAUAAGCCUAAGAGGCCACAGGGCUAGGGCCUUUCUCCUUGUCUCCUCCAGAGGUCCAGACUUCCUUCCUCUGGGACUGUGCGGAACAGACAUCCUUUUUGAAAAAAGCUGACUUGAUUAUGGCUGUAGAAAUUCUUGAAGUUCUAAGAGAAGUUGGAAUCAAAGGGUUUAUUUUUUGUUUGUUUGUUUUGGUUUGGUUUUGUUGUUGUUGUUUUUUUUGUUUUUUGGUUUUUCUAGACGGGGGUUUCUCUAUGUAGUUUUGGUGCCUGUCCUGGAACUUACUUUGGAGACCAGGUUGGCCUCGAACUCACAGAGAUCCGCCUGCCUCUGCCUCCUGAGUGCUGGGAUUAAAGGCGUGCGCCACCGCUGCCCAGCAGAAUCAAGGUUUUUAAGUCUCUGCUCCACCCUGGGAAGCCACCUCCACUUUCCAGGCCUCAGCUUCCUCACCUGUAGUGAGAUGGCCUCUAAGGUCUUUCUCAGCUCUAGCCGUCUAUGACUCCGCAAAAUCAGAAUUGGGGUAAUAGCACAAAACCACGAAGUGUGUUCUACCCAACAGGCUCUAGAAUUGUUCCAUUUUUAUAACAAUUACAUCUAUACCUUUACUUCAGUUCUGCUAGGUCCCGCCACACCAGAGCUGGUCCCUUUGACCUCAAUUCUGUAUUGUUGAAUCCUCUUUCUAGGUAGGAAGAGACAGCAAGGAAAGGUGAAACCUAGGACCUGGCCUCACUCUUCUUUACUGUUUCCAGGGGAACUAAAAUCUUAGAAGAACUUCCCCACCUCGGUUCUGGUUCCAAGGGACAGCCGAGAUUAUACAAAAAGCACCACCCAGCAGCAGGUCAGGAGAGCUGGGUCUUGGCUCUGUCCUAGCAGUGACCACGGUCAGUCACAUGCUGAGUCAGGCUAUCUCAGUUAUGAGAGUCAGACAAAGUGGGUACAAAUGUAGUUUGCAACCUUGACUGAUCUACAAGCUCUAGGGAACAGGUUCACCACCCUCCCCCGACUCCUAGGGAAGCUUUGAAGAGUGAUUAUGGUUCUGUAAAGAUGCUUCUCGUGGGGUUAGGGUUUCUGUCAGCUUGACACAAAUUCUGCUCAUCUUGGAGGAGGGAACCUCAGUUGAGGAACUGCCUCCAUCAGACUGGUCUGUGGGCAUUUUCUUGGCUAGUGAUUGAUGUGGGAAGGCCAGCCCACUGUAGGCAGUACUACCCUUGGGAAAGUUGUCAUGGGUCGUAGAAGAAGGCUGAGCUGAAGACAUGCAUACCAGUAGCAUCACACAGACUGAGCAGUUUGUAUUAUGUAUUUAGGGAGUACAUAUGUAUAUACAUAUACACGUACAUAUACUUACAUAACAACAAUUAAUGAAAAAAGAGGACAUGAAUUCGA